UCUUCAACGUAAACAAAUUAAAGUCCAUGUGGAAGAGGCCAAAUGUCAGCUGAUCUGACAACACAAGGAAUCUAAGAAUACCACUUUAUAUACACACCUGUAUGGCUGAUAACGGGUUCAGCUGUUAUAAUGAAUUAAAUUUGACAAAAAACUGAUAGGUUGUCUCCACGGGAUCAAAAGGAAUAAUGGAGAGAGAUGAACAGAAGAAACCCUUACUUGGUGAUAGGACGAGCAAUGUACAGGAAGAGGAAGUUUUGCCUCCCCCAGGGGAGAAGUUUGGAAAACGUCACUUGCUGGCCGUUCUCGCAUUCCUGGGUUUUUUCAAUGUCUACUGUCUCCGUGUCAAUCUCAGCGUGGCCUUGGUUGCCAUGGUGAACAACACAAAAAAGAUUGACAACCAUAGUAUUGAUGCUUGUCCUACUACCCAUGGGUCAGACAACAGCACAACAAAACAGGGAGACUUGAACUGGGACGAAAGCACACAAGGAAUUGUCCUGGGAUCAUUUUUCUAUGGCUACAUAGUGACCCAGCUCCCUGGGGGCUGGCUGGCUGAAGUGUUCGGGGCCAAGAAGUUAUUUGGUUUUGGUGUCUUGUCUACAGCAGCCCUUACACUCCUAACUCCUGUUGUCAUCAACCAUCUGGGACUAGGAGCAUUCAUUGCUCUCAGGGUCAUAGAAGGCCUGGGAGAGGGAGUCACUUUUCCUGCCAUGAGUGCCAUGUGGGGUAAAUGGGCGCCGCUCUGGGAAAGGAGUAAGCUGGCAGGAUUUACAUACGCAGGGGCCCAGCUGGGGACUGUAAUUUCCAUGCCUAUAUCUGGGAUACUGUGUGACUCGGACCUUUUUGGUGGCUGGCCUUCCGUCUUCUACAUAUUUGGUUUACUCGGGUGCUUGUGGUUUGUAGUGUGGAUGUUUGUGGUGUAUGACACGCCUGCCAAACAUCCGACGAUAUCACUGGACGAACGCUCGUACAUAGAGACAUCUAUAGGUCUAAAACAGCGAGUGCGAACUCCCUGGAAGGCCAUCCUCACGUCCAAGGCGGUGUGGGGGAUCUGUGCUGGUCACUUCGCCAACAACUGGGGAUUUUACACCAUGUUGACAAGUCUUCCCUCGUAUAUGAAACACAUUCUCAAUUUUGAUAUAUCAGAGAAUGGUUUUGUGUCUGCGCUGCCAUACGUUGUAUGCUGUAUUUGUCAGACAUCAUCAGGACAAAUAGCUGAUUUUAUACGUAAAAAUGGCUACCUGUCCACAAAAAAUACCCGCAAGAUGUUCAUGACCUUGGGGUUGAUGUUACCGGCCGUCCUGAUGUUUUGUAUAGGAUACGCUGGCUGUAACCACAUUGUAGUGGUGACCCUGCUAACUUUCGCUGUAGGACUCGGUGGUUUAUGUAUGGGCGGGUUCAACGUCAAUCAUCUAGAUAUUGCACCCAACUUUUCAGGGACACUUAUGGGGAUCAGUAACUGCCUGGCCACCAUUCCUGGGUUCGUAGGACCGUACAUCGUAGGUCAACUCACCAACAAUAAUCAAACUCGUGCACAGUGGCAGAUCGUGUUUUAUAUCUGUUCCGGGGUUUAUCUGGCCGGAACUAUACUCUAUCUACUCCUUGCUGAGGGCUCGGAGCAGCCGUGGAACAAUCAAGGUGGUGAUGUACUGACUUUUGCCGGUCAGUCCUCGGGUCAAGCUCCCAUUCAGUCCUAUGAUAGAGAUGUUCAUGUGUCAGGCAUUCCGUACAAACAUUUAAACGAGGAAAAAUAGCAAGCAGAACUAUGUUGCAGAGAUAUAUUGUGUCUUGUACAAUAACCUGGUGGACCACAUCAACGCUGGUACUAGCUUUGGAAAUUGAAUUAACAAACGAUGAAAUAUUGAAUUUGAUCAAAUCAUCUUGCAAAGCUCAGUGUGUAAAUUUUCUACCUGUUAAUCUAUAUUAAUUAUUUAUACAUUUUAAAUUGAUUUCUCUGCUUGUGUUUCAUCACAUAAUCCUCCCAUUCCGUCUUGUUUACAGGACCUCGAUGUUCAAUGUUUAACAUUCCUCGGUGAAGGUCCUGAUGUUUUUAAUUUUCCCCAUUGUACAGCAAAGUUUGAAUCGUUGAAGUCUGACUGUACAAGCCUUUGUGAAUUAAAAACAUCAAAAUUUCUGA